UGUAGUUCAAGUUUUCCUCCCCGCACAUGGAAACUCAUUCAUGCGGUGAUAAUAAAAAGACUCCAAUCCCCAGCGAGGACUCCUAAAAGAUUUUUUUUUUUGUUCAAUACAAGUCAAACGGGGGGGAGUAGUCACAGCUGGAAGGGUAAUGUGAUGCGCAUGAAUUUACAACCUGGAAUAAGAGAUUAGUUAAACUAAAAUGGACCACUCGGAUCGUUUAGGCGAGCCUGAAUGAAGAACUUCCCGGUCCUACUAAGUUUCAGAGCGAAGACGCAGCGAGGGACGUCCAAAGAAAGAAAAAAAAAAAAGAAAGGAUUAAAGUUUAGGCUUCGCUUUCUCUCAGUGGAUGGAGUUGGAAAGUUUCAUCUUCAGUUGUCUCACAAUGGAAGGACGGGCGCGUUUAGCUGGAAGUGGAGGCUUCCCGUGGUCAGAGUGGAUUACUGACUUUAGAAGAAAGAAGGCGCAGAACUCCAGGUUAUGAGGUUUGGUGCAGAGGUCUUUGGAUCAUUUGGAGAAAUUUCCCUUCCACCACCUGGCCCGUUUUCUUGAACGAUGAAUGUAUUUUCUGAGCUCAGGUGGGUGGACAGCAUCCUGUCAUCAAAACUCUUGUGAGUCAGUUACGGCCAAAUUAAAAAAUACGCUCUGCUAACUCACUGCUACUGAUGAGGAGCACACACCCCCCGCGCGACAACUCCACCCGCAGGGAUCGAACUGUUUCUCUCUCUGCCGGCAUUCACUGAACUACCACCCCCCGCCCCCUCUACGCCACACACACACUGUUCUUCAGCCCCUUCUCACGCCACAACUGGAAGAAACCCAAUGUCUGCCUCCUCUCCUCCAUCCUUACCUCGAGCCUUUCUCCACUCCAUCCAUCCUCACCAAUCGCCCUCGCUGGGAUCGCACGGACAGAUCUAUCAGCGGCUCUCCAACGGAAGCCACAGUGCCCCCAGCCCCACUAACUCCCGCAGCUCCUUCCAUGGGGUGUCCUUCCUGCUACAGAUUGGUCUCACCCGGGAGACGGUGAACCUGGAGGCCUGUGACCUCUCGCUGUCCGCAGUCAAGGACUUGGUGUGCUCCAUAGUUGAUCAAAAGUUCCCAGAGUGUGGCUUCUUCGGCAUGUAUGACAAGAUCCUGCUGUUCCGCCAUGACCUAAAUGACGAGAACAUACUGCAGAGGCUGACCUCGGUGGAAGACAUCCAUGAAGGGGAUCUCAUUGAGGUGGUGCUUUCUGCUCAAGCCACAGUCGAGGAUUUCCAGAUCCGACCUCAUGCCCUCUACGUGCACUCCUACAAAGCCCCGACCUUCUGCGACUACUGCGGAGAGAUGCUGUGGGGUCUCGUCCGUCAGGGGCUUAAAUGUGAAGGAUGUGGGCUAAACUAUCACAAGCGUUGUGCCUUUAAGAUCCCAAAUAACUGCACGGGAGUGAGGAAAAGGCGUUUGUCCAAUGUAUCGCUGCCAGGACCCUCUCUAUCCAUGCCUAGAGUGCUACCUGCUGAAAAUGCAGUGGUUGUUCCUGAUGAGCCCCAGCGGUCCCAUCAGGAGGCGGGGAAGCGCAUCCUGUCCUGGAGCGGCAGGCCUAUCUGGAUGGAUAAGAUGGAAAAGACACGGGUCAAGGUGCCGCACACCUUCGCCAUUCACACCUACACCAGGCCAACCAUCUGCCAGUACUGCAAACGGCUACUCAAGGGUCUCUUUCGCCAGGGAAUGCAGUGUAAAGACUGCAGAUUUAACUGCCAUAAGCGCUGUGCUUCAAAGGUACCGAGAGAUUGUUUAGGAGAAGUAGACUUUAAUGGUGAGCCAGCGAGCCCUGGGCCUGACUCUGAUACUACCAUGGAUAUGGAGGUGGACAGUGGGGAUAUGGAUGGCGGAAGAAGUCUGGAUGAUCCGGACGAACCGUCCACUCCAGACGGGAUGUUUGGCAUGGAUUCUCCCUUCACGGAUAGAGAGAAGGAUGAAGAGCCAAUCAAGACUAUAAGUCCUUCAACCAGCAGCAACAUCCCACUCAUGCGGGUGGUCCAGUCUAUCAAGCACACCAAGAGACGGAGCUCCACAGUGGUCAAAGAGGGCUGGAUGGUUCAUUAUACAAGCAGGGACAACCUGCGGAAGAGACAUUACUGGAGGCUGGACAGCAAGAGUCUAAGUCUUUUCCAGAAUGACACAGGAGCUAAGUUCUAUAAAGAGAUCCCUCUGUCAGAGAUUCUCCAGGUGGAGCCGUUCAGAGACUACAGUAAUCUUGCACAGGGCAGCAACCCGCACUGCUUUGAGAUCAUAACCUCCACCAUGGUCUACUAUGUAGGGGAAAACAACGGCAGCCACUACCACAGCCCUGCACUAGCUGCCUCUGGAGUGGGUGUGGAGGUGGCCCAGGGCUGGGAGAAGGCCAUCAGACAGGCCCUGAUGCCCGUCACCCCUCAGCCGAGUGUGGCCAGCGCAGCCGGCCAGGGAAGAGAUCACAAAGAGCUGUCCAUCAGCAUAUCUGUGUCCAACUGCCAGAUCCAGGAGAAUGUGGAUAUUGCCUCAGUGUAUCAAAUAUUCUCUGAUGAGGUGCUGGGAUCAGGCCAGUUUGGCAUUGUGUAUGGAGGGAAGCAUAGAAAGAGCGGCAGAGACGUUGCCAUCAAGGUUAUUGACAAGAUGAGAUUUCCUACCAAGCAGGAAAGCCAGCUAAGGAAUGAGGUGGCCAUUUUACAGAAUCUACAUCAUCCAGGAAUCGUUAACCUGGAGUGUAUGUUUGAAACUCCUGAGCGAGUGUUUGUGGUCAUGGAGAAGCUGCAUGGAGACAUGCUGGAGAUGAUUCUGUCCAGUGAAAAGAGCAAACUACCGGAACGGAUCACCAAAUUCCUCGUCACUCAGAUCCUGGUGGCCUUGAGGCAUCUGCACUUCAAAAACAUUGUGCACUGUGACUUGAAGCCUGAAAAUGUACUACUGGCCUCUGCAGAGCCUUUUCCACAGGUGAAGCUCUGUGACUUUGGCUUCGCUCGUAUCAUUGGUGAGAAGUCGUUCCGGCGAUCGGUUGUUGGAACCCCAGCUUACCUGGCCCCAGAGGUGCUGCGGAGCAAAGGCUACAACCGGUCAUUAGACAUGUGGUCAGUGGGAGUCAUCAUCUACGUCAGCUUGAGUGGAACCUUCCCUUUUAAUGAAGACGAAGACAUUAAUGAUCAGAUUCAGAACGCUGCCUUCAUGUACCCCCCAACACCCUGGAAGGACAUCUCUGCUGAGGCCACAGACCUGAUCAACAAUCUUCUCCAAGUCAAGAUGAGGAAGAGGUACAGCGUGGACAAAUGUCUCAGCCAUCCCUGGUUACAGGAUUACCAGACGUGGCUGGACCUUAGGGAGUUUGAAACACGGAGAGGCGAGCGCUACAUCACCCACGAGAGUGACGACGCGCGUUGGGAGGAGUAUGCAGACGAGCACAACCUCCCUUACCCUAAACACUUCAUCAUGGCUCCCAACUUAGACGACAUGGAGGAGGACCCCUAGUGGUCAGCCAGCUUCACUGCGUAGAGGAAUGGGGAUGUCACCUGGGACUUAAAAAAAAAAAAUGACUAAGUGAAAGCUUUGGGAGCGGCAGGUUCCCCACCCAGAACUGUUAAGGCAGCAGAGCGGAGCUGGACCAGUGGAGAGCUUCAGGUCAGGAACUUUUAGAGUUGGGAAUACCCCAACUUAUUUUGUAGCACGACAUGGAGGCGAAGAUGCGUGUCAAAGAAACGCAUUAAAAGACAAAGUGGAGCUUCCUCUUUUCUAAAACGACUGGUAAAACAUUCCCUGGAUUUGCCUAGUUGUGAUAUUUUUUUUUCCAUCAGGACAAACUCAAGCCAAAAAUUGAACCUGAUACGUAAACAGUGCUUAGAAAAUCUCAGUAAGGACAGAGAGGAGAUGACCAAAGUCUUACAUCAGAAGUAAAGGGCACCUUCCACAAGGGAUUAACAGUCUGAGAAUUAAACUUUUCUGAUCUGUUUGUCCUUCGGCAUGAACUGGAACCAUCACCUGCAUGUUUUUCCUUUCAUUUAUUUUCUAGCUGUUGGAGGUUGUUGUACUAAACAACUACAGAGAAUAGCGACUGAAUAGAAACACUAUUCGCUGCUACAGAAAGCAAAUGGUGUCCAAGCAAUCAGUGGAAAGUCUUUGCAGCUCACAUGGAAUCAGCUGCAGGAAUUAUCAGUGUUUUCAGGUUUGACGGUGGCAGCUAAUAGUGUGAAAGUGUGAUCAACCUUCCCCUGCAGAAAGGAGAGCGUCGAUCACACUAAAAAUGUUGUUCCAAACUGUUUUAUUUAUUCGUUAUUGUGAAUUUCUUUGUGCAAACCAGAACUAUGGACAUGCAAACUGCAAAGAUGAGUUUAAAGCAAGCUCUCAAGUUACUGCAUUCCCUUUUUUUCUUUUUUCCUGUUUUUUCUUUUUUUUGCAGAUUCUGGAAAAGACUUUUUACUGCUCAGCAGGAAUCUGUUGAUACCUGAAUAAUGUUCCCAGAGUCCUUCCUUUUUUAUCUUCUCUGGACCUUUUCUAAAUUUUGUCUCGGAGGAAUCAACGUUAAUAGAGAUAAACUUUGGUAUGAUUAGAGUAGAGUUCAGGAAUUCAUACCCCAGUUUUGUACUUUGUGUUCCAUUUGUUUGGUUUGGGAGCGUGUUCCGGUUUCAUAUGUCAUUUUUCCUAUUCUACUGUUGCCACUGGAUUGGCAGGUGUCCAUGUUUUGUAUAUUUCAGUACUUACCUGAUAAAAUAAAACCAAAAUGUCUUCUUAUUAAAAAAAUUGCCAUCAGACGAUGAACAGCUGAA